AUGACAGAGCCACAAUGUUACAGAGGAGAUCAUCUAGUGGGUGAACGAGUCCAGGACUACACAAGCCAAAAGUAUUCGGCACGCAAUCGCAAUGAAUCUCUCGGAUCCGGAGUCGGCAGCAAUAAACGGUUCUUGAAAUCCUCUCGGAGUGUUACGGGCACUCCACCUAGAUUGCCAAGGCUCGUGGUUCCUCACGCCAUCUGUGACCAGGCACUAGGCAAACGCAACUUGCGCGAUGCUAAUGAGCUUCUUUUUUUUGGCAAACUCCUGGACGCUGCUGGCCCAUCGUAA